AUGGAUAUCGACAUGAGCCGUCGCAACAAGGUCCCGCGCCCUCUGUCCGACUCCGAACGGGGUCGGUUGGACGAGUUCAUCGACUCCAUCCACUACUCGGCACGGUAUUCCGACAGCGAAUUCGAGUAUCGUCAUGUGCAGCUUCCCAAAGCCAUGCUCAAGGCUAUCCCCAAAGAUUACCAUGAUGCCAGCCACGGAACGUUGAAGCUGCUUUGGGAGGAGGAAUGGCGCGCACUUGGUAUCACUCAGAGUUUGGGCUGGGAGCAUUACGAGGUUCAUGAGCCGGAGCCGCAUAUUUUGCUGUUCAAGUUCGUCUGCCUUUCCCUUGACUUCGCCCCCACGGUGUUUAUCUAA